AUGGAUGAUUCGGCAAGUAAUGGAAGUAGUUCAACGGCAUCAUCGACUGCUGUUAAACCUACAGAGACAACUUCAUUUGUUUAUCAAGAUUUAAUCUUUCAUGUUCAAACGAUUCAACAUCAAAUGAUUGAAAUCGAAAAAUUUCUUGACGAUCGAUGUAAAAAUCAAAAGAAAAUACAAAAGGAAUUAAAAUCACGAUCGAUAACAUUUAUUGAUCCAUAUGGAAAUUCAAUAACUGAUGAAUAUAUGGAUCAUGAAUCGAUCAAUACAUUAUUUAAAAAAUACAAGAAGAAUUAUGUACCAAAAUAUUUACAACAGUGGAUCAAAAUUGGAAUAAUGAAUCAAGAUACUAUUAUUUCUCCAUUAGAUGAAUAUUAUCUGAAAUUAUCUGUAUCCGAAUAUCCAGACGGUUAUCAAUUUAUUACACAUGGUGAAUUGACUAUCUUGAUAGAAUAUCGUGAAGAUAUAGCACUUCAACAAUUUGUAUUACGUGUUCUUGUAACGGAUACUAUUGAGAAAAUUAAAAUGCAAAUACAAAAACUUCGAAAACUGCCAAACAUUGAAUUAAAAUCAUUCAUUGCAGUAGAUCAAGUUUCUCGAACAACAACACAAAAUUGGAAUGAAGGUCGAACAUUGAAGUUAGAUGAAACCGUCUUAUCAUCAAAAUUAUAUGAAGAUAAUUGUAUCAUUAUAGCAAAAGUUUUGCAAGAAACAACUGUUACUGGGCAAUCCAUGUCUGAUUUUAAAAUUUUUAUGCAAACUCUUACUAGAAAGAUGAUUCCGCUCGAAGUCAAUGCUUACAUGGAUAUACCUAUGGUCAAAAAAUUGGUACAAGAUGCGGAAGGUAUUCCUCCUGAUCAACAACGUUUAGUAUUUGCUGGAAACCAUCUCGAAGACGAUAGAACUCUUUCAGAUUAUAACAUACAGAAAGAAUCUAUAAUUCAUAUAGUACUACGUUUACGUGGUGGAAUGUAUCAUAUUACGAGUGGUCGACAGGAUUUUCACAAUGUACCGAAUACAGCAGCCGAAGCAAUAAAAAAUAUUCUUGCAUUUGAAUUUCAAUAUGUAGAUCAUCCUGAACGUUUGUCACCAGUUGAAUUACAAAAUUCUAUUUUACAAGGACAACUUCUUCUUUCAAAACUAAUUAAUGAAGUUCAAAAUAUCUCUUUACAUUGUGAUCUUCCAAAUUUAAAAGAUAUUGUAUUAUCGAAUGUUGAUGAUAAUCAAGACGAAAAUGAUAAUGAAGAAGAAGAGGAAGAUGAUGAUGUUUCAAAUGAACAAUGA